AUGGCGCGAGAGGAUAUGGAUCGCGGGAGCAGCUGGAUCAAGGAGACAGAGGGCGGGUCGCAGACGUCUGGGCCAAGCAAGGGCGCUGACAUGCAGGUGUCAGUGACGCUGGACGAGCAGCAGCCGCUAGUGGGCGGGCAGCGCGCCGACGAGGAGGUGCUGGCGCGGUGGCGGGGCCGGUGGGUAUUUCCUGCAUGGCUCCUUGUGUGCUUUUCGACCGGGCCGACCUACGUGAUGAUGCGUUCUUUUGUGCCUGCGUCGUUACAGACCAUCGCACACGAGCUCGGGCACCCCAAGGGGCACCCCGCCGCGCACUGCCGCCCGCGCGGCGAUGACUGCUACAUCUACGUGGGCGGAAGGGACGUGCAGUUCACGGCAUAUGUGCUUUAUAUGCGGGCGUUGUACACGUCCAUCGAGGGCCUCAUUGCGAUUGUGCUCAUGGGUUUGGCGGACUUUUCAAACUACCGCAAGUGGCUCAUGACGCUGUCGAUUGUAAUGUACGGCGCACUUGCCACGCCGUUUGUCAGCCAGGGUAGCAAGACCUACGGCGCGCUCAUUUUGAUGUCGGUGCUGUACUGCUUGAUGCUCUGCUGUAACACUAUAUACACCAUCACGGAGGGCUCGUACAUCCCGGUCUUCAUGGACAUGGCGCGCCUCGCCGCGGCGCGCGACGCCGCCAGUGCCAAGCUGGGCGAUGGCGUCGAGGAGCGCACGGCGGGGGAGCCCGUCAACCCGAUGUUGCGUCGGGGAGCCAAGGUCAGCGUGCUCGGCUUGAUCAUGGGCAAUCUCGGCUCGAUCGUGGCCGUUCUCGUCGGGAUCAUCAUCACGUACUCCCGCGGAAAGCCGCAGGCGGAGGGCUACUCGGCCUUCCUCCUCACGAUCACCAUCGCCGGCUGCGCGACCAUUGUGCUCGGCUCCGUCGCCUCGCUCGGCAUCCCCGCCAUACACGGCAGCAGGUUUCCCUUCGAUCCGCAGGAGAAUAAGCUCAUCACCAUCUGCAAGUUCCCGUUCCGGCGCUUCAUGUACAUUCUCAGGGACUUGACGCACUACCGCGAGGCGUUCAAGUACGUCGUCGCGUGGGUGCUCUGGAACAUCGCCUACUCGAACUUCAUGCAAUUGUUCCAGCUCUCGUUCCGCGCCACGUUGGGCAGCACCGCGGACAAGGAGUACUUCGUGUGGCAGCUAAUGACCUCGGUCAUCGCCUGUGUCGGCUCGCUCACGUGGAUGGCGGUGUUCCGCCACUUCAGCGCGCGCCGCACGUUGCGCGCGCAGACGCAGCUCCUCAAGACCUGCUUGUACGCGAUGAUGGCCGUGGGCGUCGUAGUCAACUUCUGGGGCUCGCUCGGAGCCUCGUCCCGCGUGCCCAUCGGCUUCAAGCACCGCUGGGAGUUCUGGUUCUUCCAGGUCAUCUACGUCAGCACCAGCAGCGCCAUCCGUUCGCUUAACCGCGUCGCCUACUCCGCCAUGUUGCCCGCCGGCCGCGAGAACCAGUACUUCGGCCUGGAGAUCAUGCUUGGCUUGGCCACGGGCUGGUCCCAGUCGCUCCUCGUCAGCGUCAUCCAGGACCGCACCGGCAACGCCCGCUUCCCCUACAUCCCCAACACCCUGCUCCUGAUCGUUUCGCUCGGCUUCUACUACUGGUCCGACCUCAGCCACGGCAUGCUCGCCGCCGGCAAGGCCGAGCUCCACCGCGCCGCCCCGCAGGACGCAUCGUGA